GUGGAGCAAUGUGCACGCACGGAGGACGAGGAGUCUGGGAUUAAGCACGGGAGAGAAAAGAUGCCAAAGAUGAGACAAUAAAGAGGAGCUAGUUUUUGCGGCCUGUGUGGACUUCCUUGCGGCAACAGUUUGGAUGUGCACAUCGACCCGGCCGCCAUGACGAUGAAAGGCCUGUCCGGCAGCCGCAGUCACCACGCGGUGACCUGCGACCCCUCCUAUGACUCCAUGACCUUGGGGCACCCUGAUCGCCGGUCCUACUUCCUCAACCCGGGCGAUGCUCAUCCCGGCGACCACCCGUGCUACACCCAGCGCCCCAACUCCUUCCAGUCCGAGUGCAGCGCCUACCCCGAUCUGGCCAGCUGCACCUUUCCCCGCAGACAUUACGGCUCUCACCACGAGCUGAAAGACGAGUGCAGCGCUCUGGUGCCUUACACGGGGGGCGGUAAGGGGGCGGGCGGUGGAGGUGGGGGUGGGAACAACAACAACCGCAUCCCCUCUAACCUGCUGGAGCAGUUUGAACUCCAGGCUCCGGUGCGGCGGGAAGGCUACCACACGCUGCAGUACAAGCGCACCGCGGUCGAACACCAACGCAGCGACAGCCCGGGUCGAAUCCGCCAUCUUGUCCACUCCGUCCAGAAGCUUUUCACCAAGUCGCACUCCCUAGAGGGGCCCUCAGGGUCCGCGGGGGGAGGCGGCAGCGGGAGGAUGAACGGCAGCAAAUCCAGUCCGGACGACCCGCCGUCCUCCUCCGGCACCCUGAAGCACAGCAAGCGCAGCAAGAGCAAAGACCGCUCCAGGUCGGAGCCCAAGAUGCGAUCGGCCAUCUCGGGCUACUGGAGCUCCGACGACACGCUGGACCGCGAGGUGUGCCUCUAUCACCACCACCACCACGGGGGCAGCAGCGGAGGCCUGCCCACCGGCGUCAUGACGAUGGGGCGCCACCCGGAAAAAUCCCAGUCGCAGUACUUCAUGGAGUCCUACAACACCAUCAGCGCCCACUCUCUGAAGACGUCGCGGAGCAACAACGACGUGAAGUGCUCGACGUGCUCGGGGAGCGGUGGAGGGGGCGGGGCCAUGCCGCUGGUGGGCCCACUGGACGCCCAGAUGCAGCUGAAGAAGAGCUCGUGGUCGUCGACUCUGACGGUGAGCAGAGCACGAGAGGUCUACCAGAAGGCCUCAGUCAACCUAGAUAAAGCUCUAGUGAAAGCCGAGCAGGGACGCACCUGCCACUUCCUUCAGGUGCCCCAGGACGACUGGAGUGGUUUUUCUCCAUUGGGAAAAGAUGACGAGAUCCCGUGCCGGCGGAUGCGCAGCGGCAGCUACAUCAAAGCCAUGGCAGAGGACGACAGCGGCGACUCGGACUGCAGCCCCAAACCCUCGCCGAAGGUGCAGGCCCGAAGAGCCAGCUACCUGAAGGCCACACAGCCGUCGCUCACAGAGAUGACCACGCUCAAGAUUUCCACCGAGCACUCGCCCAAGCUCCAGAUCCGGAGUCACAGCUACCUGCGGGCGGUGAGUGAGGUUUCCAUCAAUAGGAGUCUGGACAGCUUGGACCCGGCAGGGCUGCUGGCCUCGCCUAAAUUCCGCUCGCGAAACGAGAGCUACAUGAGAGCCAUGAGCACCAUCAGCCAGGUGAGCGAGGUGGAGGUGAACGGGCAGAUCGAGGCGGUGUGUGAGUCGGUGUUCAGUGAGAUGGAGUCUCAGGCGGUGGACGCCCUCGACCUGCCCGUGCCCGGCUGCUUCCGCAUGCGCAGCCACAGCUACGUGCGCGCCAUCGAGAAGGGCUGCUCGCAGGACGAGGAGGAAGGGGGCGUCGCCGCGGGCAAGAGGAGGACCCGCUCGCCGCCGAGGACCGCCACCACAGUCAGGACCAUCCAGAGCAGCACAGGUCAGUGGGAACACACACACACACACACACACACACACACACACACACACACACUCACGCUGCAGAACAUGUGUGAAAGUGCAUAA